AUGUCGGUCACUGCGUUGGAUGCUCUCGGUGUCGGCCUCAUGGCGGCCGUCGUCGCCCGCAAAAGCGCGCACCUGCACGAGUCCACGCUUCCUCCCUUUGCCUUCGACGGCAUGCUCGGCCUCGUCGCGCGCUACCUCGACCUCGUCAAGCAUCACAACAAGGCGCUCCAAACCCACUCGGUGCACCUUUUGACCGACUCGCUCCUGUAUGGCGACGCCGUUCCCGUCGAGAUCCGCUUCGAGGCCGGCGACGAGUACCACCAGACACGCAAGGUCGGCCUGCAACUUCUCGACGACCUCACCGGCGGCAGCGAGGAGGUGGAUCAGGAGGCCCUCUCGGAGAAGGUCUACCGGUACCGCCACAUCCUCGAGGAGGAGAAGCGCGUCCCCACGGACCGCGACAAGACGUUCGCGAUCCAGCUCAUCCCGACGACCGCCCUGCACCGCUUCGCAUACAAGUACACGUUCGCCAACGUGAGCGUCCAGAGCGCGCGCAACCUCCCGCCGCACGACCUGCACCUGUCGAAGUUUCUCGAGGGCGAGUUGCGAAACCUCGACCUGCCGUCCCUCGACGUCCUUGUGCUCGACCCGACCUCGAUCGCCUUCUGGGCGCUCGAGCACGUCGCGUCGAGCCGCAACGCGCCGUUCCACCUCCUGUUCCUCCUGCGCAUCGUGCGCGCCCUCGAGACCGAGUUCGCCGACUGCGGCCUUUCCGAGGAAUGGCUCGCGCCGGCGGCGUGGUACAGCUGCCUCGCGACGCUCUCGCCCGAGCAGGUGGGCGUCCUCCAGAAGGGCGUCAGGGCCGUCCGCAGGACCAAGGUCAUCGAGGCGGUCGCUAGCUGGGAGGCGACCAUGAGAGGUCGCCAGCUCGAGCCGUUCAUGGUGCAGCGCUACAGAGCUGCGCUCGACCACUACGCCUCGAUCGUCAUCACUACGACCGCCUUUGCCAAGUUUCUCGGCGAGGGCAAGAUCGACCUCGAAAAGGCCCACCUCUACCCUUUCCUGCCGUCGACGUCCCGUCGUCCUUCUACGCCGUCGGCCGCGACGAUGCGCAACGUCGAGGCGUACCACAAGCGCCGGCACGCCCACCACGUUUCGACCGUCAUCGAAGAGCCCGACUCGGCCCGUGGCAGCGUGCACGGCCCCCACCCCGGCAACCGGCUCUCGAUCGGGCCUACCGACACCGAGCGCAAGUUGUCGACCGCCGAGUCUGACGCGUACGAGCCGCCGAGCGCUCUCGGGCCGAGCAGCAUCGACCUGCCGUCGUGGUCGGAACCGAGCUCGCCGGCCGACUCCCGCCGUCCCUCUGCUGCCUCGGGGUACACUCACGAGCCCGGCCCGCCGAUCAACUUCUUCGACCCGAGCCGCACGAGCAACUUGUGGCCGACGAACGAGGAGCUCUCGUCGAUCUCGUCGCCGUCGUCGCCCGAGGUCUCGCCGAACCGGGUCCGCAAGAAGAGGUCGGCGCGCAACUUCUUCCGGCGGGGCUCAGAAGCAUAA